AUGAUACGACUUUCCCCAAGUUCCUGGAAACUCCUAAAAUCAAGACCUUUGAGCCAGGGUAGUGGUGCCCUCAAGUAUACUAGGAAACAAAGUUUGAGUAGAGUACACAGAGGCACGCACAAUGAAUUGAUAAACAACACUAUUGCCUCUUCCCCCCAAAGGAAAGAUGCAUCAAACGUUGCCCCAGAAAUUUCUGAAUCAUGUCUCAAAACCUUUGACUACGACUCCUUCUGCGAUCUUGAGCUCGAACAGAAGAAACGAGACGGGUCUUAUAGAACGUUCAAUAACAUCAAUCGUUUGGCAAACUCAUUCCCGUUGGCUAAGAACAGUCAGGAGAAGAAGAUCUCUGUGUGGUGCGCAAAUGAUUAUCUUGGAAUGAGCCGAAAUACUCAUGUCCUCGAUACGAUACAUACCACCCUCAAUCGUUACGGGGCUGGCGCGGGAGGCACGAGAAACAUCUCUGGUAACAACACAGAAGUUGAAUUGCUCGAGUCAAAAGUAGCUGAACUGCAUAAAAAAGAGGCGGGACUCGUUUUCUCCUCCUGCUACGUGGCAAAUGGCGCUGCGCUGACAACCCUCGGUUCCAAGUUGCCGAACUGCGUCUUCCUAUCCGACGCAUUGAACCACGCAUCUAUGAUUGAAGGGAUCAGACACUCUCGCGCAGAAAAGAAAAUCUUUCGGCACAAUGAUUUGGAUGAUCUGGAAGCUAAACUACGUGAUUUGCCACUUGACCAACCAAAAAUCAUCGCUUUUGAGUCUGUGUAUUCAAUGAGCGGUUCAAUAGGCAAGAUCGAAGAGAUUUGCCAGCUUGCUCGUCGAUAUGGUGCCCUCACGUUCCUCGAUGAGGUCCAUGCCGUAGCUAUUGGUACUUUCGGGAAAGCUUACGGCGGGAUAGGAGGAUAUAUAGCUGCUUCUGCAUCAAUUAUCGACUACAUCCGUUCUCUAGCACCAGGCUUCAUCUUCACGACUUCAUUGCCUCCCGCUGUUCUCGCAGGAGCUCGGGCCUCGGUGGAGUACCAGCGGAAGUGUCUCGAUGACAGGCGUCUCCAACAGCUCAAUACAAGGGCUGUCAAGGAAUCCUUGAAAUCGAUUGACAUCCCUGUGCUCGAGAAUCCUUCGCACAUUAUUCCUAUUCUUGUGGGUAAUGCAAAGGCUGCCAAGCAGGCAAGCGAUAUGUUGCUGGAGAAGUUUGGCAUCUAUAUCCAGUCGAUCAAUUAUCCAACUGUGCCUAUUGGCCAAGAGCGUUUAAGAGUCACACCUACCCCAGGUCAUGGACCGGAGCUUAGAGACCAACUUAUCAGUGCCCUGGAGUUUGUUUGGAAUGAGCUUGGUCUCAAGAGAAAGACGGACUGGCUAACUUCUCAGGAAGUCGAUGCUGAAAUCCUUGAUGCGUUAAACUCCACUGAGCCACCAAUCUGGACGGAUGAACAACUUGGAUUGGGUAAAUCUGAUGAUAAGCAGAUCACAACUAACCAACCUUUGGGACAUGAUGCAAUUCUUGGAGUGGAGGAUAAAGAACCACUCCGCAUGGGAGCUGGCCACUAG